AUGGGCAAGGCCAGAGGCAACCCGCGCGAGCGGAAGAACAAGGUCGUGGCCGCGGCAAUGUCUGCUGUCAUUGGUUCGGGCUCCCCCGAGUCGGCGAGUCGGUCGGAGGAUGACAACGCUGGCUCGUCGUCGAGCUCGGGCUCAGGCUCCGGCUCUGGCUCAGACGCUGGCCUAGGCCUGGGUCUGGGCUCCGGCUCGGGCUCGGGCUCAGGCUCAGGCUCCGAGUACGAGAGCGAGUCGGCCAGUGGCAAGAGCUCUGGCUCCGAGAUGCACUCGUCGACGGACGGGUCGUACACGGACGACGACGAGUCGUCGGGCAUGGGCGACGGGCUUGGCGAGGUGGGCGAUUUUCCCGCUGCGCGUGCUGUGGUGGACUUUAUGUCCGGCGCCGACUACGUGUCGGAUGAAGAGGAGGUGGACAAGCGCGGCAAGUCUCGGAAGGGCAAGCGGGUGGUGCAGGGCGGGUUCCAGACCUUUGGCCUCCGGCAGGAGCUCCUCCGGGCCAUUCUCCACAAGGGCUACAAGGUGCCGACGCCCAUCCAGCGCAAGGCCAUUCCGCUUGCGCUGCAAGGCAUGGAUGUGGUGGCGAUGGCGCGGACGGGAUCCGGCAAGACUGCUGCGUUCCUGGUCCCGAUGAUCCACCGCCUGCAGCGGCACUCGCUCAAGAUCGGAGCCAGGGCGCUGCUGCUCUCACCCACCCGCGAGCUGGCCGUCCAGACGCUCAAGUUCACAAAGGAGCUGGCCAAGUACACCGAUCUGCGGGCAAGCCUGCUGGUGGGUGGCGAGUCGAUCGACUCGCAGUUCACCCAGCUGGCGACCAACCCAGACAUCAUUAUCUCGACGCCCGGCCGACUCAUGCACAUCAUCAUCGAGGCCAAGCUCUCGCUGGCGGCUGUCGAGUUUCUUGUCUUUGACGAGGCUGAUCGGCUGUUCGAGAUGGGCUUUGAGGUCCAGAUCAACGAGAUCCUGUUCAAAGUCUCCAACAAGCGGCAGACACUCCUGUUCUCGGCAACCAUGCCCGAGAGCUUGGUUGCCUUUGCGCGUGCCGGCCUCCGCGACCCGGCGCUGGUCCGGCUCGACGUCGAGCGCAAGAUGUCAGAGAACCUCGGCCUCUCGUUCUUCCUCGUCCGUAAGGAGGCCAAGAUCGGAACGCUCCUCUUCCUGCUCAUGUCGCACAUUCCCCGCGAGCACUCGACCAUCAUCUUUGUCUCGACCAAGUACCACGUCGAGUUCCUGGAGGAACUCCUGGACAAUGUCGGCAUUCCAUGCUCUGCGGCGUACGGAACCAUGGACGUAACGGCGCGCAAGAUUGCGGUCGGCUCGUUCCGGACCGGCAAGGUCAAGGUGCUGAUUGUGACCGACGUUGCCGCCCGCGGUAUCGACAUCCCGCUCCUUGACAACGUCAUCAACUUCGACUUUCCGGCCACGCCAAAGCUCUUUACCCACCGCGUCGGUCGUGCCGCCCGUGCCGGGCGCAUCGGCUCGGCGUACUCGCUGACAACCACCGACGACAUGCCGUACAUGGUCGAUCUCUUCCUGUAUCUCGGACGCAACCUGGCGUGCAAGAUGCCCGACGGCGAGACGACGCCCAAGCACGGCGAGGCGUACUACGGCAUUGUGCCAGACACCCUCACUGCAGCCUUUCGCGAAAAGGUGGAGAAGGCCGUCGCCGGCUCGUCUCGGCUCUCCAUGCUGGCGGCAACGGCGCAGCGCGCGUACAAGAAGUUCUACAAGACGCGGUCAUCAGCAGCCAAGGCCUCGGUGGGACGCGCACGCAAGCUCGAGACCUCGGUUAUCCACCCGCUGUUUGUGGCGGCGGUGGAGGGCAACAGCGACCUGAGCGCGCAACACGACAUGAUUGCCGCCAUCUCGUCGUUCCGGCCCAGGACCACCAUCAUGGAGCUCGGCCAGACGUCCGAAGUCAUGCGGAUGAAGCGCGAGCACGACCAGGGCUUUAUCGCCGCAGUCGCCGCUGCUGGCCUCGAAGGCAACGACGACGAACAGGAGCCGCUGGUCGAGGGCGAGAACGGCGACCUGUUUGUCGAUGAGCGGACAAGCGUGCUGCCCAACGAGCGUGACCGUGCGCUUUACGAGGCCAAGAUGAACCAUAUGCUCGCGCUGCGCGCCAAGGCCGCGCAAGAGCGCGAGGCUGUCUCCGGCGGCAAGCCCAAGGUCCGGCUCUCGAAGCGCGCUAAGCGCAAGCUGGCCAAGGCCGGCCUCGAUCCACAGGCGGCCGUGGCGAGCGGGGCUGUUGAGACAGGGCGUAAGAAGCGCAAGACGCUGCUGGCUGAGGAGCAGGAGAAGUUCUUCAUGAACCCGUUCAAGGCCUCGGCCGCGUCCGACGCCGGCCUCGCGGUCAAGACCUCGCGCUCGAUCCAGAGGCUGCAGGACGUUGGCGACGACCUUGUCCUUAAUCUCCUGCCCGAGGACGACGACGCGCUUGUCCGCCGGCGCAACCAGUACAAGUGGAACCGGUCGAAGAAGAAGUACGUCAUGGUCGACCCCAACGACAAGGGCAAGGACAAGCCGGGCAAGGUUGUUGUCACCGAGUCGGGCGCCAAGAUCCGCACCUCGUACACCAAGGACAUGUACCAGGAGUGGCAGAACAAGAGCAAGAUCUCGCUGCAGGCGACUGGGACCCGCGAGGAUGUCAAGCUCACCCGCCGCCUCCGCGACUCGACCUCUAUCGUCCGCAUCAAGCGCAAGGGCAAGAUCUACACCAAGCGCGUCUCGAACUUUAACAACGACGCGGCCGCCACCAGUGCACAGGAGCGCCACGCCGCUAAGACUGGCGGCGUUCACGGCCGCUCCGUCCGGUCCACCGACGAGAUCCGCAAGUUCCGCAAGGACGAGUACAAGAAGAAGCUCUCGCAGCGCGGCCGUGGUCGCGGCCGCGGCCGUGGCGGUCGCGGCGGCGGCGGCCGUGGUCGCGGCGGCGGCGGCCGUGGUCGCGGCGGCGGCGGCCGUGGCCGAGGCCGAUAAACACAGCCGUAAGACUACA